AUGUCUUCUACAUAUCCUAAGGAUGCUGGGAAUCCCAAAAACAACGAUGUCGACUACGUCAUUCAAUUCAGCUUCGGUGAUAUCAAUUCCGAUCAAGCAAUUUCGAAACUAGAAUUACUUCUUCGAAGACUGUCUGAAGUAGGACUGCAGACGGAAUUGAGAGAGGGGGAUGAGUUUUCUCUACUUGUCUUCGUCCGCUUAUCAAGUAAAAGACGUCUUAAGCAUGCGGUUUACCAAUCACGCAUACGCGACUGGCUUUACGGAGUCAGCAACACCGAACCCGAAUCGGAGAGCUCUGCCGAACCCAAAAGCGAGUCCGAACGUCUACGCGUCAUUUACCAUAUGAUCACGGUGCCAAGGGAGGCAGGCGGCGCCGGCAUUAGUCCGAAACAUGGCGAGUGGGAGAAUGUGCUUUCUGUCUUUCCCCUACACGAUGUCGAGACAAAUAGACGGUGUAUGAGAGACUGGAGCAGGAAAACAUUCUUGUCCCCGGAGGACUUGGAUCAGAUACGGAACACAUUCGGAGAAAGUGUUGGGUUCUAUUUUGCAUUCUUACAGUCAUACUUUAAAUUUCUGCUAUUCCCUGCAGUGUUUGGAUUCUCUUGCUGGCUACUACUAGGUUCCUACUCUAUUAUAUACACUGUGAUUAACUCCCUGUGGUGUAUCAUCUUUAUCGAAUACUGGAAACGUCAAGAGGAGGAACUCAGUUGUCAGUGGCAGACGAAGGGCGUUUCGGCCGUCCGAGCGAAGAGAAAGCAAUUCCUACCAGAAAAUGAGGUCCGAGACGAAAGCACUGGAGAAAUUCGAGGUGUGUUCCCUGCAACACGACGAAUGUACCGCCAGCUACUCCAGGUUCCAUUCGCGCUAGUCGCCGCAAUUGCUUUAGGUAUAAUUAUUGCAACAUGCUUUGCCAUUGAAAUAUUUAUUUCUGAGAUUUACAAUGGACCUCUCAAAACAUACCUUGUUUUUAUUCCCACCAUCUUGCUUUCCGCUCUCAUCCCAACCAUGAGCACGGUCCUGAUAUCUGUCGCGACUAAGCUCAAUGACUAUGAAAACUACGAGACCCAGCCGGCAUAUGACGUGGCAUUAACACAAAAGAUUUUCGUGAUUAAUUUUAUUACGUCAUACCUUCCAAUCUUUCUCACAGCCUUCGUGUACGUUCCAUUUGCCAGUCGUAUAGUUCCCUAUCUCGACAUUUUCCAGAUGACUGUUCGGCCAUUUGUAUCCAGGGAGAAUGCUGCAGCAUUGCGCACAGAAUUCAGUAUCGACCCCGAUCGUCUACGGAAGCAGGUCAUCUAUUUCACGGUUACUGCUCAAGUUGUCAACUUCGCUCAGGAAGCUAUUCUUCCUAUCGUGAAACAGCGUCUCCUUCGUGAAUACAAGGAAUAUAUGAAAAAGCGUUCUGCGAAGCCUGAUACAGACAGUGAUUCCGAAGCGAAGAAGACGCCAGCAGCUUCAGUUGACGAUGCCCCGGAGGAAGCUGAGUUUCUGAAGCGUGUUCGCAAUGAGACAGAACUUGAAGAAUAUAACGUCACUGAAGAUUUACGAGAAAUGUGCAUCCAGUUUGGGUACCUUGCACUCUUCUCGCCCAUCUGGCCGCUUGUUCCCGUCUCGUUCUUAAUUAACAACUGGGUGGAGCUUCGGUCGGACUUUUUCAAAAUCUGCGUCGAAUGCAAAAGACCUUGGCCUCAACGUGCAGAUACCAUUGGACCCUGGCUUGAGAGCUUGGGCUUUUUAUCCUGGGUGGGAAGCAUAACCAGCGCUGCUUUGCUGUACAUGUUCAGCACCGGCCAUGAAGGCCCAAACGGAGAACCAACAACGAUUCAGGGUUGGGCCCUACUAUUGACGAUAUUUUUCUCUGAGCAUCUAUACCUCAUAGUGCGUUAUGCGGUGCGAGCUGCCAUGUCCAAGCUUGAGCCACCAAACGUGCGUAGGGAACGGUCAGAGCGCUACAUGUUGCGAAAGCGUUAUCUUGAUUCGACAAUAAGCACUAGGAUCAGUGACGAUGAAGAAGACGAUGAUGUGACAUGCGCAGACCAGUCUCCGAAAGUUUCGCAGAUUAGUCGGGAAACUCUUGAAGAUGAUGUUAGAGAAUGGUCUCGUCGUGGAACGGAUAAGGAACGGUUCUGGAUGCGACAAAAAGGAUGGAGAGAAUCGGCCCAGGUUGGUUCAUGCAUCAUUCAGGCAAUGUCAAACAUAAAGGAGGAUACGAAAAAGCAACAGUGA